AUGGAGGCACCGGGCUGCCCGGCCUUCCCCCCGCCUCGCCGGGCCGGGCCCCCCCCGGGGCUGCCCCGGGCUCCCAGCGCCUUCCCCCCGGCUCCCCUCCGGCGCCCGCCGCCGCUCGGCCCCCGCCUGCCCCGGUGUCCGCAGGAGCGGGCAGAGCCCCGGUACCGGGGGAUCUCCAGCCCGGGCCCCCUCGCCAUGGCCGUCAAUGGGAAGCCGCUUUACCCGGCCGGGGCUGCAGGCAGCGAGAAGGGAUGCAAAGGUGGGUACCAGGUGAUGCCCGCGCCCUGCCGGGGCCUCCCCAAAGGCCCGGGGGAGCUGGGGUACGCAAUGGGAGCCCCCCUGGGCGGCCUGCACCGGGUCCCCGAGCUCCCUGAGCCCCUGGGCAAGAGCAAGAAGCGCAGGAACCGGACGACCUUCAGCACGUUCCAGCUGGAGGAGCUGGAGAAGGUUUUCCAGAGGACGCAUUAUCCCGAUGUCUACGCCCGGGAGCAGCUGGCGCUGCAGACGGACCUGACCGAAGCCAGGGUGCAGGUCUGGUUCCAGAACCGAAGAGCCAAGUGGCGCAAACGGGAACGUUAUGGGAAAAUCCAGGAGCUCCAGACCAGUCUCUGGCCCAGCUCCGGUCCCAGGAACCCCGCGGGGCUCCUGCCCCCUGAGAGCAUCCCGGCCCCCGGCCUGUCCCCGUAUCCCCACGGCAACAUCAGCGGCUUCAUGGGCAUUCCUGCCUCUCCCGGCCCCCAUCCCGGCCCCAACAGCCUCUACCCCCUGCACGGCCUCCCCCCCCCGGCCCUGGGCACCCACCCCUUCGAGCCCGCACCCCAACACCACUACAAGUCCCCUGCAUUGGUGCCGCUGAGGGUGAGGAGCAAAGAGGCCACCAGCAGCCUCUUGAACUGGGCUACAUGA